GUGGCAAAAUUUUGACACCGACGAUCGUAGAUAUAUAAAAACAUAAUAUUUCACUUGUCCUUAAAAUAUAUUCCUAUGUUAUUCACUAAUUUAAAAGCAUGGUAAGUAGUGAAUGGCAAUGAAUAGAUGGACAUCCAUAUCUGGGCUUCAGUUGUGAACUAUUUCAAAAAUGACAUUUAGACAAGUGGCAAUGGCCAGUGACACUGAUACUUAUAAUUAUUUAUGAUAAAUGGCACAUGUAACCAUGAUACGCAAAAAUCCUCCAAUACCAGCCUGAGAACAUAAAAUACAUUGUGAAGCUUCAGCCAGAAAAUGCCGACAAACAGCGAGAAAUUAAAUCCAUUCCACAUGGUGGACAUGGCCCUGGAGAAGGCGAAACUUCUUCCAGCCACAAAUGCCAUUAUCAUCAAGGAGAGCAGUGAUCUAGAUGACAAAAAGGGACUGAUGAAUCCACGGGCCAUGUUGUUUCUGGUCAUGUGGUACUUCUUCAGCUUCUGUACACUCUUUCUCAACAAGUAUAUACUCUCCACUCUGCAAGGCGAUCCCACACUUCUAGGAGCCAUGCAGAUGGUGAUGACAACAAGUCUAGGGUUUCUCCAGAUGUACCUGCCCUUGGGCUUCUACACAAAUGUAAACCGUGCAGGCAAACCACCAAAUUUCUGGAGAAACAUGGUCAUUGUAGGAACAAUGAGAUUUUCCACUGUUGUUCUUGGACUUGUGGCCUUGAAGUUUGUAGCAGUAUCUUUCACAGAGACGGUGAAAAGUUCUGCACCAAUAUUUACUGUGGGGAUCUCAUACAUGAUGUUGGGCGAAUAUACAGGAUUAUUUACCAUGAUGUCUCUUGUGCCAAUUAUGUUUGGACUGGGGCUUUGCUCAACUUAUGAACUCAGUUUUAAUAUAGAGGGAUUUUUAGCGGCUCUUGCCACAAAUAUUACUGAAUGUUUACAGAAUGUAUAUUCAAAACUGCUUAUAAGUGGUGAAAAGUACAGAUAUACGCCUGCUGAACUUCAGUUUUUCACCAGUAUAUCGUCUGUGAUAGUACAAAUCCCAGCAUGUGUAUUUAUGAUCGACUUCCAGAAGGCGCGGAACACCAUGGAUAUUACUAUUCUCACGGCAUUCAUCAUCAAUGGAGUCUUCUUCCACUUCCAAAGUAUAUCUGCGUAUGUCCUCAUGGGAUAUAUCUCUCCGGUUACUCAUAGUGUUGCUAACACAGUGAAACGAGCAUUCCUUAUAUGGCUGUCAGUAAUAGUGUUCUCUAACCCUGUGACGUUCCUUAGUGGUCUGGGAACUAUUGUAGUGACAAUCGGCGUGCUGUGUUAUACAAAAGCCAAACAAAUAGACGGUGUUCGUCUUGCUUUGAAGAUGGCUAAGGAUCAAGAAAUACCAGUGCAUGUACAUAGCUCAGAUUUAUCUGAGGUUCACAUCACAAUGAAGAGUGAGUAAACUAGAAGAUAGCGCAAAGUUUAAGCCUCCAUAUGACAUGCUUGGUCUGUGAUAUACAUGUAUAUAUGACAAUGUAGCUACCAACACUGGGUGUGUAUUUCCAUGUAUUUGAUAUUUAAAUCUGACUAAAUAUUUUUCUUAAUUAAUAUGUUUUCUUAAUUUAAACUUGUCAAUGAAAGUCAAUGGAAUUUCACACUCUACUUCAACACUUUUUACGUUGAAUAACAAGAAAAUUAAACCCUUAAUUGCCAUGGGACAUCCAUUUUCAAUUUUGACAAUAUUAAAAUUUAGAAAAAACAACAUCAUUGAGUUGUAUCUUGAUUUGAAUUUUGAUGACUUAAUGUCUUAGCUAAUCCAAAGUACCUAACAAUGACUUUGUAAAUUUUCAUAAAUCAUUGCACUUCUUUGCACCAUAUAAAUUUGUAUAAAAGACUGGGUUUGGGCUGGUUUUAAAAAAGUGGGUAUUGUUUCAGUUCUGUCAACAGUUUAAUGAGGUUGUGAAUGAUGUAACAUUUUAGUUCAUUAGUUACAUUUUUUGAACAAAAGAAUGGAUUGAUGCAUUCUGUGUUUAAAGUGCUUAUUUUUCUUCUAGUAUUUUUUUUUAUCAAACCCCCCCCCCCCACUUAAUGGAGGGUAUAGGCUAGUAAGAAUAAAUCAAAUAAUAUUUGAUAAAAUUUAAAGCUUACUAUGUGAAGUGAAGUAUUCUAGGUGCACUAUUCUAAUUACUUUGCUAGAUAUAUAACAAAGCUUCAGCUACAGCUUCAAUAUUUUGUAUUUAAUUCAUAAGGCAGUGACCUACUGUCUGUUAUUAUAUACAAACACAGAAAAUUGAAUAUUACAAAAUGAUGAGCCAUUCCUUUGCCCUGUACAGUCUGCAGGGGCAAUAAGGAACAUUUACAGUUAAAGCUGUUUUCUUUCUAAGCAUUCUUUUAUAUCAGUGUGUGUAUACCACGUGAUAAAUUGCGUCAUAAAUGCUAUGUCGGAAGGCAAUAUUUUGAUUUGAAAAAUCAUUUAAACUAAGAUAACUUCAAGAUUUCUUCACCAUUUUAAAUGCAACAUAGCCCAGUCUACGCCGCUUUCGGAGCCCUGCCUUCGGUCUUUUACCAUAGUUUGAUUGAGAGUUUAGUUUCUUAAAACACUUCGAAAAAUCUUUUCACAAUACGGCUGUCUGACGGAGCACUGUCAAUACAUUAUUCUGGAAACAGGUUUGUCAAAGUGUUUGAUUAAACUAAUGACCUUAUCAAAUUUCGGUAAUGAAACAAAUGUGGGGCUCUUUAAGCUUUUUAGACUGCCCUUUGUUUCAUUUAAAAUGGAGUUGUAAAAGAAAAGUUAUCUUUGAUUUAACUCUUCAUUUUAGGCAAAAUGUUGCCUUCCAACGUAGCAUUAUGACGUAAUUUAUCACGUGGUAUACACACAUUGUUAUAUGCUGUUAUUAAACUUUUAUAAGAAGACUACUAUGUGAAGCAUAUUACCAAAUACAACAGCUGAAAGUUAAUUGUGUAAUUACCGAAAAUGGUUUCUGAUUAAAAAUGCAUACAGACUACGGUAUGUCUAUUUCCCUUCUUCUGCUACCAUGGGACUAGGUGAUAUAUGUUUACACUGCUUUACACUGCUUAUGCACAAAACUGCAGACUUCUUGAAUUUUCACCUAAUAUUUAUUGGUUGUUUUUGAUGAUUUUUGUUAAAAUGUUUUUGUGUGUCUACAUAAGAUUUAAAAAGAUUGAGUUUUUGUUUUUGUUUUGUUUUAGCAUUAUAGUUUUAGUUGAUUUUUAAGUCUCUAUGAAAGUUUAUCAUUCAAGUGUCGUUAAGUGUUUAGUGGUCAGCAUUAUAUAUUGUUAAAUGAGAAGGCAGUAUUCAAGUUUUUAAAUACAUUUAUUUCAGUAAAUCAGCAGUCAGCCGUUAUUGAUUAUAAUUGAAUGAAGCAGUAGAUAUAAACACUAGCUGGCUGUGGGUAGUUUACACAAUUAAAUUUUGACCUCUGAAAAACUUCAAUCUUUAACCAUUAUAUGACGUUUAAAAUUAUUUUAUUACUGACAAAACGAUCAAUAGGAAAUUAAAUGUUGAUUAAUUUAAAAAUACUCUCUCAUUGGCUGGAAAUGAUAUCAACCAUUAUGACAUUUUAAAUCCAUAGUAUUUUUCUUAUGCUUUUUAACAGUUAGACCUCUUGUUUGAUCUUUACAUCAAUAGCUGUACUUGAAGCUCAUCUGAGAAAGGGUAAGGCGAUUGGAUUUGGUCACUUUCCAUUGUUGUCCUUCCCUCCAUCAUCCACAUUUUUUUAAGAGGAAAGAUCCUUGGAUGGUUUUCAAACUCUUUUAAAAAGAGGUAUCCUGCAGGUUCCGGUUGCCAUCUCCUCAGAAACUGCUGGCCUGAGUUCAAAAUAAAUUCACAGAAAUAGUUCUUAGCCUUAAGUGUCCCUCUAUCUAUUCCUUCAAGCCAUCUGGGUUCAUUAAAAACAUGGCUGCCAGAUGGCAAGGCUAGUUUUCACUAUGUGGAAAACUUGAAAAAUCUCCUCAGAAACCGCCUACCAGAUUUCUUAAUAAAUUCACAGAAAUGUUCUUCAAAUGAAACUCUUCCCAACCAUUUUGGUUUGUACAAAAACAUGGCUGCCAUUUCAUUUUAUGACUUCAUGAAAAUCUUUGAAAACACCACUCAUAUGAGUAUAUUUUUAUUACAGAAAUGUUACCCUCCAUCAAGUUCCUUCAAGUGAUGUUAGCCUGUUAAAACACAUUGCUGCCAGGUCACUUUAUAUAGACUUACAGGAAAAUCUUCUUUCUAAACUGUAAGGAUUAGGGCGUAGAUGUUUGGCAUGUAGCAUUGCCUAGUGGUUAUCAACUAUUUGUUUAAAUCAUGUUUCUGUGGUCACUUGUUUCAAGAAUCUUGUUUUCAAAAACUGCACUGCCCAGAGCCGAGAUAUUUACUUGGUUAAGUAGUCCUUUACCAUCUUUCUUUAAAUCACUAAAGCAACCAUCACUUUCCUAAGCAGCCUUAGACAUCCAUUGUAACCACAAACACUGGCAACAUUUUUUCUUAGUGAUCUAUGACUUUCUUUGCACCAGCUUGUUUCCCUAGCAACCAUAUCUGCCCUUAUCAAUCAUGGACCUCCUUAGUAACCAACAACUUCCCAAGCAACCACUAGUUUUUUAAGCAUGACUACCUCGACUUACCUCCUUAGCACCAAUACUUUGUCUUAACAAUCAAAGGUUGUCAAAGCUUGUCCGAGUGAUAACUGAAAAUGCCUAGACCUAUGGUCAUCAAACUUGAUUUGGAGGUAGGGCCUGACCAGUAGAUAACCCAGAUUGAUUUUAGGAGUCAGCCGGCAAAAGGUCAAGGUCACAGUGACCAUUACCGUGAAAAGGUUAACACAGAUUCUCAGAGUGAUAACACUAAAACACUAAAAUGCCUAGACCUAUUUUCAUCAAAAUUGACAUGGAGGCUGGGCUUGACCAGUAGAUGAUCCCUAUUGGUUAAUGGGAUCAUUGGGUACAAGGUUAAGAUCACGGUGACCUUGAAUGAUAAAAAGUUGUCCGAAAGAUAACUUGACAAUGCCUGCACCCAUGGCCCUCACACUUGACUUGGGGGUUGGGCCUGACCAGUAGAUGACCCUUUGAUUUUAGGGAUCAUCAGGUCAAAGGUCAAGGUCACAGUGACUUUGGAUGCAAAAAGCUAUAUGUCAAUAACUCGACAAUGCCUGCACCCAUGGCCCUCAAACUUGACAAUUGGGUUUGGGGUGACCAGUUGAUGACCCCUAUGGAUUUUUAGGUCAUGCAUAUAUCAUAUAAUCCUGACAACAUAGCGCUCAUGUUUAAAUACAUUUAUACUUAAUUUAUUGAUCAGAAGCAUAUCUGUUAUAAAUGUUGAGAUGGUCCAAGUGUGAAUAACAAUCAAGCUGUGAUGAUUACUAGUAUUACUUUUAGUCAAUCAUUGAACAUAUUGUAGAAAAAUGCAUCAUUUCAUGCAAUACAAUAUAUUUAAGCUUUGCAAAUUGUCUUUGGCAUGUUCACAAUUUUUUAUUUUUUUUAAAGAUGAUUUUUACCUCACCUGAGCACAAGGUGCUCAGCGUGAUAUAUUGUGAUUGGGUGAUUUUCUGUCAUCAUCAACAUUUUCCUUCAAACAACUUCUCAUUCUUAAACACUUAAAAAAAAUCAAGCAAACUUCACAGGAAUGUUCUGUGUAUGGACCUCCAGAUUCUCCAAUAAAAGGGGUACCAUGCAGAACUCUGGUUGCCAUGGCAGCUGAAAGAACAAUCUUUGAAAACCUUCUUUGCCCGAUUUCAGAAAUGUUCCAAAGGUGAACCUGUAUCAAAUUCAUUCACCCCAUAUGAUUUUUAAAAAAAAUGGCUGCAAGGGGCCUGGGCAAUUUUUCACUUUGUCUAUAAAAUAACUAGUUGAUUUGGAGAUCUGUAUGAAAGUCAAAAAUCUCCACAGAAUCCCUCAGCUGGAAAUGAGCCUUAGGUCACCCUCUAUAAAACUUCUUCACCCCUAGUUCAUUUGUAAAAAAACAAUGGUUGCCAGGGAGCGUUUUUUUUUUACUAUAUGUCUAUAUGGAAAAGUUUGAAAAUCUUCUCAGACUCUGCUGGCCUGAUUUUAAAAUAAUUUCAAAGAAAUGUUCCUUAGGUGAUUCUCUAUUAAAUUCCUUCACCUCAUGUUUAUUCACAAAUAAAAUAUGGUUGCAUGGUUACUUACAGGCAGGCGGGCGUUUGGGCGGAUGACAUCCUAUAUUUGUCUGAUCAAUCUCUUUAGAACCUUUUGUCCAAUCAUGUCCAAAUUUAUUCAGAUUAUGAAUGGGCAUAAUAUCUUGGACAAGUUUGAUAUCCAGCCAUAUUGCUUAAGUCAUUCCAGAGUUAUCGCCUUUUAAUUAUAGAAAUUACCUAAAAUAGGUCUUGUCAGAUUACUACCUAUAAAGCCUUUGUCCUUUCAUUACCAAAUUUGGUCAGAAUGUAUAUGGGCAUUAUAUAUUGGACAAGUUCAAUAAUCAGCCAUAUCGCUCUAGUCACUAAAGAGUUACCACCCUUUAAAUAUAGAAAAUACCUUACAUUGUUCUUGUCCAAUCAAUAAAUUUAAAAACCUUUGUCCAAUCAUCACCAAAUUUGGUCAGAAUAUAUUGGCAUAAUAUCUCUGAUGAGUUUAAUAACCAGCCAAACACUAAAAUCACCCCAGAGAUAGCACUUUAAUAAUAGAAAUGUCUAGAACGCCAUUUACGUUUCAUUUACGUUUUACUCCGGUGAGUGAUAUAGGGCUAUCUUGGCCCUCUUGUUGAAUGUGUUCUGUUGCAGCUGACAACCUGCAUGUAUAUUUUACCAAAUUGAGUAUUUUCUGUCACAGUCUUGCAGUCUAGCUCUCUGUUGAACUUUUGAUGAUGUGUUAUUAUUAAAACUUGAAUUUUAUUCCCUUUUCACACAACAUAAUAAUUUGAUGAUUGACCUUAUAGGGAAACACGAUUUUGAGUUAUGUUGGAAAUGAUCACCCUGCUACUCUGUGUAACUGUAUGAUAUACAUGUAAUUAUAGGUGAUUGUAAAUAAAUUAUUGUGAUGCAAGCAACAUUUAAACAUUUAAACUAUGAAUUA